AUGUCCGGACCCCCAACGUCGUUCGACACUGCCGCAGCGCAAAGGAUGCGCAUCGAAGCGGAGCGCCAUCCUUCAUCACAGCUUCAUCUGCUCGUCCAGCGAUACGUCCAGUUCUGGCACCAGUUCUCCGACCGUGAUCACGCAGCACUGCCGCCCCUGCAAGUCGGCGCGCCCGUCACCCACCAAGGGAAGGGUACUUUCGACGUACCCUGGUACACGCGCGUCUCCUGCGGUAUCACGGAGGUUCAGCGCGUCAGGAACAGGACCCGCGACGAUAGGACGGCGCUCGAUGACUCUCUUGGAGGGAAUGCAUGGGCGCACCAGGACGCCGGAAAUCGUGGCAAGGGCGUCAAGAAGCCGAUUGCGGGACCUUUUCCCAUGAUCUACGUUCCCUUCGCGCGUCCAACGGAGGAUAAGGAGUUCAUCAAGACUUACGAGGGUUGGCGCAACGGACGAUACUCGGCAGGAAGACCCUGGGUCAUCGACUCGGCAGACUUGCCUCCCCAUCUCGCCGACCAUCUGCGCUGUGGAUACACCCGUGUCGUGUGGCAGCUCGGCGCCUCUGACAACGACCAGCUCGCCUCGAUCAGCUGCAUCGAGGACUGCAACCUCGGAGACCCUCCUGCUGCCACAACACACCGGCUGACACUGCAUGGCGAGUACGGCAUAGUCACGCACUACCUCGUCACGUUCGUACCGCCGGGCGAGCAUGAGGUUCAGGCUCGUGAGGAGGGCGAGGUGGCGCACGUCCUGGGCAAGGCGGCGACCCUCCGCGGAUCUUCCGCCCAACACAAACAGCGUGAGGAGCGGGAGGCCUUCCUGCGCUUGCUGGCGGACCUUGUCCGCCGGUACGUGCGCUUCUGGCACGUCCAAAUCUGCGAGAAGUCCGAGGAGGACCUCAGGAACUACUCGCCAGAGCUUACGCCUCGCCAGGUCCAGCCCUCGACGGCCCACUCCUUCUUCGCUACGCCAUUCGUCACAAGCAUCUACGAGGCGAAAAACCGCGCGCGAGGUGGCCCCAUGCUCCCUAGAGCUGGCGGCGACCUCUGGAUGGACAAGCCAGUGCAAGACUCUCGCACUGAGCCCAUCCAAAGCCAGAUCGGCGGCCCGUUCCCGCUCAUCCUGCACAAAGUCGGCCCGCCGCGCUCUGCGGAGAAGAGCUACGCAGCCUGGGAAGCCGGCGAGCUCUCUUCGUCCAGAAGGCCAUGGGAGAUCGACUCGAACGCCGUCGGACACGACGAAGGCGUCAGACUUCGCGGCAAACUCGAUCGCGUCAGCUGGCACUACGACCUAGGCACAGCGUUCGACUUCGAGCAUGCCGCGAAUCCGUCGCUUGGCCGGGAGCGAGUCUUGCAGCAAGCGCCAAAGUUCGCCAGGUCGCACACCCUCACGAUUGUUCGUGAGGGACAGGUUGCUCACGUCGAGAUCAUCUUCGACCACCCGCCGAACCACGUCCAGGCGAGGCGCGAGGGAGAGGCGUACCGCGUCCUCGGCAAGUCGAGCGCGCGCAGGCGUCACUAG